GAGACAGUGGGGGGCUAUGAGGGACUUGAGCCACGCGACGGCGCCCGCGCGUCGCACCCUGCAGCAGCAGCAGCAGCAGCAGCAGCUGCAGCAGCAGUUUGACACCAGAAGGGAAGAAGAGCUUUGGGAGCCCCGCAGUCAGACGGCCUAG